AUGGGCAUCCCCUAUUCGAAACAAAUCAACCUUGCAUUCGACCAAGUCACGCCUCUCGUGGCGCACGGCUUCAAAGUCCUACAAACCACCAGGAAUAUCACCUAUAUCCUUGCCGCCAUUCAAGUCCUCACUGCCAUUUUUCUCGGCCUCAUCCUGAUCACGUUGCUGGGACUGAUCAUUACUGUUAGUCCUGACCUCGAGCACGAGCGCCAGACCCUUGUCACGCCUCUGGUGAGAUAUAUUGCAAAUUCCGCAGUGCAGUAUAUGAGAUGGCUGCAGGUGGGUGUGUGGACUGUGAUUAUUGGAUGUGUUGUGGGAACUGCUGGAGGGGUGUAUGUGACGAGGGAAGUUACAGAGUCGGUGGAAGUGGAAGGUCCUGAAGGGGAGGGCAAAUCCGGAGAAGAUUCUGGUUCUUAA